AAAAAAAAGAAAAAAAACACACACAUUACGGCAAAGAAUUCUGACAGAUCUACAAUCGUUCAGCAAAACCAAAGAUUGAAUUACAAAGUCGUGAGAUUCGUUCUAUGUUUAUAUUGAUAUCGUAUACAAGUGACGGUCUAUACAUACAUGCCCACCGAGGCUUGGAGUAUUUAAUCUAAUACUCACAAGUGGGAAUAAUUAAAGAGAUGAAGGGUGGACAUUCGAGUAGAAUUUGGGGACGACAGUCGUCUUUUACAGUGGCAGCUCUUGUAAUUACCACCAUAUUUUUUUGGGCUUGGGAGUAUAACCCGCUCGUGAUCAGUCUAUUAUCUGCACAAGAGCAGUUCAUCAUGCAGACACCAGAGUUUUGGUUAGGUGAUUCUGCCGAUUCUUUGGUUCUAACGAACCCCAAGGAACAGUUGAUGGAGGAAGAUUCAGUUACUCAAACGGCAGAAACUAAAGAAGAUGAGAAGAUUCUAGAACAUUCUGAGAUUGAUGUGGAAAGGGAGAAUGUGCUUUCUACUGAAGAAAAAGUCGAGAACGGGGUUUCGGCCUCUCUUGAGAAGCAAGAUUGUAAUUACGGUAAAGGAAGAUGGGUAGCAGAUAGUAGAAGACCGUUGUAUUCUGGGUUCGGAUGUAAGCAGUGGCUAUCGGAUAUGUGGGCGUGUAGACUUACACAGCGCACCGAUUUUUCUUAUGAGGGUUUCCGAUGGCAGCCAAACGGUUGUGAGAUGCCCGAGUUUCGAGGCGAAGAGUUUUUGAGAAGAAUGCAGGACAAGACGAUUGCAUUCAUAGGAGACUCUCUAGGCAGGCAGCAAUUCCAAUCCCUAAUGUGCAUGGCAUCGGGGGGUGAAGAAAACCCUAACGUCGAAAACCUCGAAAAAAAAUACGGGCUCGUAAAACCACGCGGAUCGAUCCGCCCAGACGGGUGGGCCUACAGAUUCCCCGCCACCAACACCACCAUUCUAUACUACUGGUCCGCCAGCCUCUGCGGCAUCGAACCAAUCAACGCCACCGACCCGAACACCCAUUUCGCCAUGCACCUGGACCGCCCGCCCGGUUUCCUGAAACGGUUCCUGCCCGAGUUCCACGUGGUGGUGCUCAACACGGGCCACCACUGGAACAGGGGGAAACUCAACGCGAACCGGUGGGUGAUGUACGCGGACGACAGGCCGGUGACGGAUCGACAUCUGGCGGAGAUGGGCCGCGCGAAGAACCACACGCUGUACAGCAUCGCCAGGUGGCUCGACUCGGAGAUUGAAGCUCGCCCGGAGUUGAGGGUUUUUAUGCGAACGAUUUCGCCGCGUCAUUUUGCGCACGGGGAUUGGAACACGGGCGGCAGCUGUGACAACAUGUCGCCGCUGUCGAAGGGCGCUGAGGUGGCGGGAGAUGAUCCGAGCGACCCCGUUGUGGAGGGUGCUGUGAGGGGGACGAGGGUGAAGAUUUUGGACAUAACUGCCCUUUCGGAACUGAGGGACGAGGGUCAUAUAUCGAGGUACAGUAUAAAGGCAUCGGAGGGUAUAAAUGACUGUUUGCAUUGGUGCCUACCUGGUGUUCCUGACACGUGGAAUGAGCUGAUUUAUGCCCAAUUGUAGAGUAUCUAUUUAUUAUUAUUAUUAUUUUUUUAUUUUUGUCAAUAUUUAUUUAUACUAGAUAAAUAAAAGUAGUUCACGAGUAAAAAAUGCAUAGUUGGUUUGAAUUUUUUUUAAUUUUUUUCCCCCUCGGAAGCCAGCUUCUUGGAUAUAUACAUUGAGGAGUUUGCUGCUAUAAAUAUGUUAGAGAAGAAGUUUAAUUCAAAAUCCGUUAUUAGUUAU